AUGAAACCUUCAGUGGUGCUCGCUACUACGCUUCUGGGGCUGGCUUCAGCCGGUCCGACCCCAGCGGCCGAGCCUCAAGUCCAGCUCAAGGCGCCUUGGAACCUGCGGACCAUUUCGCAUCGCGAAAAGCCCAAGUAUGCCAUUGUGAAUAUACUCCGCAACUUCAAACACUACUAUCAAUCCUGGACCAGCAGCGAGUCAUACUACGCAUAUAUUGUUGAUUCGGGGAUCCGAAUUACACACAAGGAGUUUGAGGGUCGUGCUGAGAAUUUUUGGACUGCCUACCAGACCAGCGACGGCAAGGACGACUUUACAGACUCGACUGGCCAUGGCACCCAUGUUGCUGGCAUUGUUGCUUCAAAGACGUAUGGCGUGGCCAAGUCUGCCAAGGUGGUCGCCGUCAAGGUCACAAACGACAAAGGACUGACGUCGACGGCGACAAUUAUCAAGGGCCUGGAGCAGGCCAUUGCCGAUAUUGCCAAAAAGGAUCGACACAAUAAUGCCGUCAUCAACAUAUCACUCGGAGUGGAAUGCUCCCAGGCCAUGAACACCAUCAUUGACAGGGCGUAUUCUCGCCGUGAUGCGAGCUACAGAAAUCCAGCCGGUAUUCUAGUCGUUGUUGCCUCCGGCAACGAAGCCAUGAAUGCCAAGGAAUGCUCGCCCGCUUCAGCCCGUCAGGCCCUCACCGUUGGAGCGAUUGGGCCUAACUGGAACGUUGUGAGCUGGUCCAACUUUGGAAGCAGUGUUGAUAUCUUGGCUCCUGGAGACGAUAUAACCUCGCUUUCCAGCAAGAGCGACACUGGGACCAUAACCCACUCGGGUACUUCCAUGGCUUCGCCUCAUGUUGCCGCCCUGGCUUUGAACGCCAUGUCCGUCUUCUCCAAGAUAAGCACCCAAGUCCGUUGGUUCCUGGUGGAAGAAACCGCCACCAAGGACAAGGUUCAGGGGAACCUUCGUGGCGCGCCUAAUCGAAUCGCCAACAACAACAACAGCAAGCAGGACAGUUGCGCGCUCAAGGAUCCCAAGAAUGAAAAGGAGGACGAUGAAUGUUGA